CUUCUUAAAAUUAUUUAAAAAAAUUAAAACAAUGCCACAAAUAUCUCCAGAUUCUAUUGAAAUUUUAAAUCCAGUUGCCGCCUCUUCUAAUACAAAUACCUUAACACACAAGAAUACCACUUGUUCCAUUUGCCCCACAACUGAAACCAUUCCAGAAAAUGAAUCUUUAAUUAAUUUAAGAUCAACCGUUCUUCCAACACAAACAGCAGCAAUGGAUCGUGUUAAUAGUAAUGGUCGUGAACGUUCCGUAACUAUAGGGGAACAAGAUAUGGACCAGUCUAUUAUUAAUGGCAUCAAUUUAGAUGCUUUUCAUGGUUAUAAACGUGAAUUAGAUCACAGAUAAACAGUACACGAUAACUGAAGUAGGUAUUUUAUCGUGAGACAUUCACUUUAAGAAC